UCUUCUACUCUUCUUCCUCCUCACUCCUUUGUUCUCUCCGCUUCACUUUCCUCUAAUCCCCCCAAAUUCUUCCACUUAGGGUUAGGGUUAGGGUUUUUCCAAUCAAUAAACCUUAAACUAUGGCGUCUUCAACAGCUCAAAUUCACGCUCUUGGAGCCACAUAUUUCACAACUCCCUCAAAUUCUACCCGCACAAAACCCUCAAAAACAGUGUUUUUAGGACAAAACCUAAACAACAGAACCCUAAACUUCGGAUUAAACCACAAAAAGAGCACUAGCUCAAGCCGUCGCAACGGCGGUGGUCUUCGUGUGGUGGCUGAGAAGGUUGUGGGAAUUGAUUUGGGGACUACAAAUUCAGCUGUGGCAGCUAUGGAAGGAGGGAAACCCACCAUAGUUACCAAUGCUGAAGGACAGAGAACAACUCCUUCAGUUGUGGCGUAUACGAAAAGUGGUGAUAGGCUUGUUGGGCAAAUUGCCAAGCGUCAGGCUGUGGUGAAUCCUGAGAAUACGUUCUUUUCGGUGAAGAGGUUUAUUGGAAGGAAGAUGAAUGAGGUGGAUGAGGAGUCUAAGCAGGUUUCGUAUAAUGUUAUUAGAGAUGAGAAUGGAAAUGUUAAGCUUGAUUGUCCUGCUAUUGGUAAAUCAUUCGCUGCUGAAGAAAUUUCAGCUCAGGUCCUGAGGAAGUUGGUGGAUGAUGCAUCCAAAUUUUUGAAUGACAAGGUUUCCAAGGCUGUUGUCACGGUUCCUGCUUACUUCAAUGAUUCUCAGAGGACAGCAACAAAGGAUGCAGGUCGCAUUGCUGGAUUGGAGGUUCUUCGGAUCAUUAAUGAACCCACAGCUGCCUCCUUGGCUUAUGGUUUUGAAAAGAAAAAUAAUGAAACAAUUUUGGUUUUUGAUCUUGGAGGUGGUACUUUUGAUGUAUCAGUUCUUGAGGUUGGUGAUGGUGUCUUUGAGGUGCUUUCUACUUCUGGUGAUACCCAUCUUGGUGGUGAUGAUUUUGACAAGAGGGUUGUUGAUUGGCUUGCUGCAAGUUUCAAGAGGGAUGAAGGUAUUGAUCUUCUGAAAGACAAACAAGCUCUUCAACGUCUGACUGAGACUGCUGAAAAAGCUAAGAUGGAACUGUCAUCACUCACACAGACUAACAUCAGUUUGCCAUUCAUUACAGCCACUGCUGAUGGUCCUAAACACAUUGAGACAACUAUCACACGUGGUAAAUUUGAAGAACUAUGCUCCGAUCUGCUUGACAGGCUUAAAACUCCUGUUCAGAAUUCCUUGAGAGAUGCCAAGCUCUCCUUCAGCGAUAUUGACGAGGUGAUCCUUGUUGGUGGUUCUACACGUAUUCCAGCUGUUCAGGAACUUGUUAAGAAAUUGACAGGAAAAGACCCCAAUGUUACAGUUAACCCUGAUGAAGUUGUUGCUCUUGGUGCUGCAGUGCAGGCUGGAGUGUUGGCCGGAGAUGUCAGCGAUAUCGUUCUUUUGGAUGUCACACCUUUAUCCAUUGGUUUGGAAACACUUGGUGGUGUGAUGACAAAGAUCAUUCCAAGAAAUACAACAUUGCCUACCUCAAAAUCAGAAGUAUUCUCUACCGCUGCUGAUGGUCAGACAAGUGUAGAAAUUAAUGUCCUCCAAGGGGAGCGAGAAUUUGUCCGGGACAACAAAUCUUUAGGCAGCUUCCGGCUUGAUGGAAUUCCUCCUGCCCCAAGAGGGGUUCCUCAAAUUGAAGUGAAGUUUGACAUUGAUGCCAAUGGCAUUCUCUCCGUCACUGCUAUUGACAAGGGUACUGGGAAGAAGCAAGACAUCACCAUUACUGGUGCCAGCACACUGCCCGGUGAUGAGGUCGAGAGAAUGGUUAAAGAAGCUGAAAGAUUUGCCCAGGAAGACAAGGAGAAGAGAGAUGCCAUAGACACAAAGAAUCAGGCGGAUUCUGUUGUCUACCAGACAGAAAAGCAAUUGAAGGAACUUGGAGACAAAGUACCAGGGCCGGUGAAGGAGAAAGUUGAGGCUAAACUUGGAGAGCUGAAAGAAGCCAUCUCAGGGGGCUCAACUCAGACCAUGAAGGAUGCUAUGGCUGCCCUUAACCAAGAAGUAAUGCAGCUUGGUCAGUCGCUCUACAACCAGCCGGGUGCUGGAGGUGCUGCACCAGGUGCUGGUCCAGCACCGGGGGGUCCCGAUGGGCCUGCAGAAUCAUCAGGGAAGGGACCUGAUGAAGACGUAAUUGAUGCUGAUUUCACAGACAGCAAGUGAGAGCAUUGAAGAGCAAUUUUGAGACCAUAUGUGAUUUUCAGCUUAUUAUACUCUUAGUUUGUGUAUAAGGGGUUAACUUUUUGCACAAUUAAGAUUUUGGGGGACAGUUUCUGGUGGAUGGAGUAUGUGAAAAAGAUAAAUUCAUACAGGGAACUAGAGGUUAGAAAUGUUGAGGUAGGUGGGUAUUCUUGAUUGCAAAAUGAAAGAGUGUGAACCCAUGAAUAUUUUUAGCGAUGUUAGCAGUUGAACCGAAGGGUUAGAGGAGCUGCUCUUUGUGGUCUCUCACUCGUACCAUCCCCUAACUUGAGAAGAUCCUUCCCUAAAGUUCCUUUUGGUUUUCAUUACUUGUUUAUCAGACAUGCUGUUAUUGGAGUGAUUCAUUUUGAAUUUAAUUCUUAGUACCGGCAUAAAA